AGACAAGUACCGUACAACUACAAGUUACAACAAGUAAUUUACGCGCGAGGCGCUGGGAUCAAAAAUCAAGGUGACCUCAGAUGACCUCGAGCUGGCCACCCGAAUGGUGCUGCUGACUAGACUGCAAAAGAAUGAACAGUAAGCUAGCUAGCAAGAUUAUAUUGAGGAGUUUAUGACAACUUUGAAUUUCAUGUAUACGGAUUAAUCAACGAUGGGAGACAGAGGGAGAGGUAAAUCUAGAAAGCCAAAGAAAGAGAUAUGUGUUGGGGAGGAGUUCAAGAUUUCAGUAGACAUUGCAAUCCAACAAUUCAGACAUGAUGAAUCAGAGACAGUAUUGGAGUUUCCUGCAUCUUUCAGUAACAAUGAGAGGGCUUACAUCCAUCGCCUUGCUACCACAUGCGGUCUCAAAUCAAAGAGUAAAGGGAAGGGAUCCAAUCGUUACCUGACCCUGACCAAGAAAUCAAUCAACAGGAUGGAUGAUAACGGAGAAGAAGAUUGCUCACCUGCUUUCCAGAUGGGAGCAGCAACUUGCAACGAGUUGCAGGGAUUGCUGCAACAGUUUCCAGUCACUGCUAAAGAACGACAGGAACUACAGCCUAAGGUGGAGAGGAGAAGAUUUGGACCAAGUGAAGUAAACCCAGCCCGUGAGAUGAACAAAGCGACUGGACGUCUCAACAGCAGUCUUCCUCAGGUGCCCUCCAAGAGAAAUCGGUCAGAUCUUGAUAGCUUUCGUCAGACGCUGCCAGUUUAUGCUAUGAGGAAUGAAAUACUUGCAACCAUCAAUAAUAACAGAGUAGUCCUAGUUGUUGGUGAUACUGGAUCUGGAAAGACAACUCAGCUUCCUCAAUUCAUAUUGGAUGAAUGCUUUGAAAUGAAAAGGCCAUGUCGCAUCAUCUGUACCCAGCCUAGACGGAUAUCAGCCCUUUCAGUAUCUGAGAGGGUUGCAGCUGAAAGAGGAGAGGCAAUAGGUCAGACAGUUGGUUAUCAAAUUAGACUAGAAAGCAGAGUUUCACCGAAGACCCUGCUUACUUAUUGCACCAACGGUGUUCUACUACGAACCCUAAUGACAGGAGAUGCAGCCCUUGAUGUAAUCACUCAUGUUAUUAUUGAUGAAAUUCAUGAGAGGGAUAGAUUUAGUGAUUUCCUUGUGACUCAGAUCAGAGACCUCAUGACAAGGAAAAGACAUCUCACACUUGUUCUCAUGAGUGCUGCCCUUGACGUUCAACUCUUUGUACGCUACUUCAAUAACUGCCCCAUUGUCUCUGUUCCAGGAAAUAUGUUUGAUGUUGAAGAGCUAUUUCUUGAAGAUGCCCUGAAGUGCACACGGUACACAAAUGCAAAGAUGAUUGAAUAUCAGAAGGAGAAAGGAAAAGUUGCCAAGCAACAACAACAGCUCAACAAAUGGUACAAUACUGACCAGGUAGGCGGAGCCUCAGCAAGCAAGGGCCAUUCAGUGGCUCCUGUGCACCCAUCAGUAGACUCGUUAUCAAGAGACUUCCGAGCUACAACUAUGGGACCAUCUGCAGCUGAUACAUCUAUUGAUGUUGAGGACAUGGCAGAGUGGCUCAUCCAUGAUAUGGAUAGCGCCCUCUCAGACUGUUGGAAGACAGGUGAUGAUGAUUACUUCUCUCAACUCCUCUACCUUCUCCUCAAUGAGAAUGUCAGUGUUGACUAUGCACAUUCAGAGUCUAGUGUGACUCCACUGAUGGUUGCAGCAGGGCGAGGCAAUGUAGAGAUGGUUGAACAGCUUCUUAGCCUUGGUGCAAACGCUUCUCUCAAAGCAUCCGAUGAAAGGUCAGCUUUGGAUUUUGCAAGGAUGUUCAACCAAACAGAAGUAUUGGAACUUCUGCAAGCAUAUCUGGACACGGUCCAAGCUACCAAUGAGGAUGAGAGUGAGUUAUUGAGGAAUCACAGUGAAGUUAGUGCUGAAGACAGAGAGCUCCUUCAAGCUUAUCAUCACAGCUUUGAUGAUGAAAGGGUUGACCUCAAUCUGAUCCUUGCUCUCCUUGACUACAUAUGCAGCAACUCACAAGAAGGUGCCAUACUUGUCUUCCUACCUGGUUAUGAUGACAUUGUUACCCUCCGUGACAUGUUGCUCCAGGAUGAUACCUUCAGUGAUCGUCAGUCCUAUCAGAUCUACACACUUCAUUCCAGCAUGCAGAGUCAUGAUCAAAAGAAGGUCUUCAAGACACCAGGCCAGAACAUUAGAAAGAUUGUGCUUUCAACAAAUAUAGCAGAAACCAGUGUAACUAUCAACGAUGUAGUCUUUGUUAUAGACUCUGGAAAAGUCAAGGAGAAAUCAUUUGAUGCAAUAGCCAACAUCUCAUCACUGAAGAGCAACUGGAUAUCCAAAGCAAGUGCCAAGCAGAGAAGAGGAAGAGCUGGUCGUGUUCGUCCAGGAAUGUGUUUUCAUCUGAUUAGUAGAGUUCGCUACCAGAGUCUACCUGACUUCCAGGUUCCUGAAAUCCUCAGAACACCAUUACAUGAAUUGUGUCUUCACACCAAACUUCUUGCCCCUAACGAAACAUCAGUAGGUGACUUCUUGAAGAGAGCUCCUGAACCACCUGCUACUGUAGCUAUCAGGAAUGCCGUCAAUCUACUCAAGUCUAUUGAUGCUAUGGAUAAAUGGGAGGACCUGACGGAGCUUGGUUGUCACCUAGCAGACCUGCCAGUAGACCCAAGGCUCGGUAAAAUGGUCCUCUAUGCCAUUGUCUUGAAGUGCCUUGAUCCAGUCCUUACCAUCGUGUGUGCUCUUGCCUACAAAGACCCAUUUGUGCUUCCCAGCCACCCUUCUCAGAAACGUGGUGCCAUGCAAAUCCGCAAGAAAUAUUCUUCCAACACUUUCAGUGAUCACAUGGCCUUGCUUAGGGCAUUCCAGUCAUGGCAGCGAGCUCGUAGUGAUGGAUGGGAAGGUACAUUCUGUGAUAGAAACUUUUUAUCAAGAGCAACCAUGGAGAUGAUUGUUGGAAUGAGAACCCAGCUGUUAGGCCAGCUGAGAGCGUCUGGCUUUGUCAGGGCAAGGGGACCAGGAGACAUCCGUGAUCUCAACACCAACUCAGAGAACUGGGCUGUGGUCAAGGCAUCUCUAUGUGCUGGCAUGUAUCCUAACAUCCUCAAAGUAGAUAGAGAACGCAGACAACUCACCACCAAAACGGAAUCCAAGGUGCGCUUCCAUCCCAACUCAGUACUCCAUGAAGUGGCUAAGGGCAAGACCUCACUUGGUGAGGAGCAUAUGAGAACUGUGGAUAGUUUACCUUCAGACUGGCUUCUAUAUGAUGAGCUCACCAGCUCUCACUUCCGUACCAGUGUGCGGUGUGUGACCCUCAUCUCACCCAUCACCAUCGCCCUGUUCUGUGGCCCCACCCGUCUACCUUACGAUGCCCUUGUCCUACCGGAAGGGACCGCAUCAUCCAUAGCAUCCAGAAUGGGACCCAAUGGAGAUGCUGCUAAUGACUCCAGUGAAGGAGAGGAUGAUGAUGUCAAGGUUGCCAAGGCAACACUCAAGUUGGAUGAGUGGUUGGUCAUCAAGUCUGAGCCAAUGUCAGCGAGUUUGGUCCUGCAGUUAAGGACCAAAUGGCAUACAUUGUUCAUGAGAAGGAUGAGAACUCCAGCUAAGCCUUGGUCUCAAGCUGAUGAGGCUGUGCUGAAGACAUUGAUUAAAGUACUGACCAAUGAAGAACAAUCUCUAGGUCUACAACAGCCAGUAGGAGUUGGCCAGAGACCUAAACCAAUGGCAAUAGAACAAUUCAACAGCCCUCCUAGUGGCAGUUUGUCAAAUCGCUUUGCAAAUUCACAGCAAGGGAAGGGAAGAGGAAACUGGAGAGGGAAUGAUCAGAGACAGGGAGGUGCAUACGGUGGUAGAGGUGGUGGUGGUGGCAGUGGUCGACCCCCACCCCCAUCAAGCCCCUCCUACCAGCAGACCAAUGGUGGUUACAGGGGUCAGAACCAAGGUCAAGGGGGAGCCUGGAGACAGUCUCCCACAUCAAGGGGUGGUCCAGCUGGCAGGUGGAAUAACUCACAGAGGACCCCGCCAAUGAGCCCCAUGGUCCCCGACAGUCGCCAUCAUCAGAGGGGCGCUAACGGCAACUCCCAAAUCCCUUGGUCUACUCAGGAUGGGAACAGCUUCAACCCCAUGGCUCAUUCCAGUCCAGCCUUUCAGACCGGUCCUCAAGCCUUCAAACCCUCUUCCAACCCUGAUAGGGUGUCCCCGGUGCCCUACGGUGGCGGUAGAGACUCCUCCCGUGGUAGGAAAGGAUCCCCUGGUGGUGGUGGUGGUGGGAGUAAGGGUAGUCGCCUCAAUGUCCACGCUAAAGAAUUCCAUGGAUCUGGCUACAAACCCAAAGGGGGCAUUCGUCCACCCCCGGGAUUCUCACAGUUUUAGAUGUCUCUGUCUGAGGUAGGAAAGAGUCAUCUGGGCCUGUAAGACAAAGCUUUGUUAUUGAUCGUAUCCUUGAUUUUAAGAUUGAUCACACAUUGUGGUCAAUGCUAUUAUUUCUUUAAAAUGUCUUCUAUGAUCAUUGCUAGGCUUUGUGUUACAGGGUUCCUGAUGGGAAAGAUAACUUAUUCCAGAGUUCAAAGGGGUGUAAUUCUAAUUCCUUUAUUUUCUGUAGAUUUCAGAAUUUAUAUGAAAUAAGAUUGUCAUACUUCUGUGUGAAUGUAGCUUUCGUUUCACAAAAAAACGGUAUGAAUACAUGCAUGGAUUCAUGUGAUGUUUACUGCAUGAUUCUGUGAAGUAUGAUGUUGAAAGGAACAAUGUUUCCAAAAUGAUAUUAGAGGUAUAUUGAGCCCACUUGGGAUGAAUUAAGGUCAUUGAAUACAUAAGGUAAGGGAACUUUCACUUCAAAUACAAAGCAAGUAGAAAGAUUUU